AUGUCCUUCAUAACGGAUAGUUCCACCCCUCUGACAUCUAUACUUGCCGGUUCAUCGUCGGGGUUACUGGUACGAUUUUUCAUUUCACCAAUAGACGUGGUGAAAAUACGACUCCAACUAUCGAAUCAUUCCUCACUCACAUCAACAGUCUAUCACAUUGUUCGAAAAGAAGGUAUACGGGCCUUCUGGAAAGGUAAUAUUCCAGCAGAAUUGUUGUACGUUAUUUACGGUGCCUCUCAGUUUACUUCAUUCACAAUCGUCUCUAACGUGGUCCCUCUACAUGAUGGUCCGCUCAAGGAUAUGAUUGUUGGUGCAACCGCAGGAUCAAUGGCAACUGUAAUAUCGUAUCCGUUUGACCUGCUACGUACAAGGUUGGCAAGUUAUACCAAAAGCGGUUCAAAAUCUCUACUUUUAUCAAUAAGGGAAAUUUGGAAGGAAAAUGGACCUCUUGGAUUUUUCAAAGGCUGUCAAGUGGGCAUUGGCUACAUCUCCAUCUUGACUGGUAUCUCUUUUGGCUCGUAUUCCUUCAUGAAGCGGAGAGAUAUGGAUAGUGCAGUAGCAGGUGGUAUUGCCGGGCUCUUGAGCAAAACCUUCGUUUAUCCAUUAGAUCUGAUCAAGAGACGAUUACAAAUUAAAGGUAAUUUGUUAAAUCACAUCAAACAAAUUUAUAGAAUCAAUGGUUUCAGAGGCUUUUACCGCGGGUUAUCACUUGCCUUGUUGAAGAGCGUGCCAUCAACUGCUUUAUCGUUGUACUUUUAUGAAUUUUUCACCAAAUUAUAUAGUUAA